GCCACGCCUCGGGGACUGGAAGCCUUAUAUAAGGCUGCCCCUCCCAACGCAGACGUCAGCAUUCGCCCGCCACAGUUUUCAGCGCAGGAGAGGCAGCCAACCAACGAUCACCAACCAUGAUGAAGUACCUGGUCCUGGCCCUGUGCGUGUUCGCCGCCGUCUUCGCCGCUGAGGAGUCCGCCCCCAAGGAGAAGCGCGGCCUGGCCUACGCCACCGGCCUCGGCUACUCCGCCCCCCUGGCCUACUCUUCUGGAGUCUACGGUGGAUACGGAUACGGAUACCCUGGAUAUGCUGCCGGCUACUACGGCCUCGGCUACCGCGGUCUGGGAUACAGCGCAAUCGGCUACCAUGGUCUCGGCUACUAUGGUGGCUACCACUACUGAGAUUCGCACAUUCACGUCCCCCUCCAGUCCUGACAAUCCUUUCCCCUCACAUCCACUGAGCCCAGCCAUCAAGUAAUUUCCAACAUACAUUUGAGUAUAUGAGAUCUGAUGUUCCAGUUGCUGCAGUAGCUCGUAAUCGUCACAAUAGAAAAUAAAUCAUCUCCAACUUAUAAAACAA